AUGGAGCCGGAGUAUCGGCAUCCGGCAUAUGAAGACGAUGAAGAAGAAGCGAAACAGAAGGACAAGACAUUGCGCAAUGAAGCAAAGAUGAUACAACUAAAGACCCUCCUCAACUGCAUUGACAAUUCCGGCGCCGCAGUCGUCGAAUGCGCCCAAGUCCUGAAGAAGUCAAAGACAGGGACAAUAGGUGAUCGGAUUGUUGUUGUCGUCCAGAAACAACGGAAUUUCGGCUCAGAUGGCAACGCAAGCACAUCUAUUGCCAACAAGGUCAAGCGAGGAGAUGUUCGCCAUGCCGUGAUUGUUAGAACGAAGAAGGAGGUCCGACGGCCCGAUGGAAGCUAUGUCAAGUUCGACGAUAAUGCCUGUGUCCUGAUAAACAAGUCCGGAGACCCAAUUGGAUCAAGAUUAAACGGUGAGUUUGGAGACUGGUACCUGAUAUUGAAGACUAGCUGUGACGUGACUAACGUUUGGUGA